AUGGCAUCAAGAAUAAGCUACAGAACUGCCGCACUUCUUCGAAAUAUAAGAGGAUUCAAUGCUCCUGACGUACGUAAUAUUCACUCUGGUCUUCGAUGUUGUGCCAGAGAAGAUGACAAUUCGGGCAAGCUCAAAAAAGUUAUCGAUAAGGUCGUCAGUUCAGCCAAAGCAGCUACAGAAACCAUAAAAGAUGCGAAUCAAGGGCUUGGCCAUAAUUACGCUGAUCGCGAUGACAAGCCAGAAGAAGUGGCGAGACUUGCCAUGGAAGCUGCUAAAAGGUCGCAUCCAACCACUAAGGUGUUUAAACCUGAAGAGGAGGUCCCAGACCGUGAAGAAGCGAUCAUUAAAGAGGCUAUCAAGGAAGUAGAAAAUCUAGGCGUUCCAGAAGAUACGAAAAAGGAAGCCGCUGAAAAAUUGAAGGAUGUCGUUGAAGGAGCUGGCACACUCAAGUGA